AUGGGCGCAGCGCGUGUGAAACGGCGCUUCAGUGCUGUGGUGGAUGGGCCAGUAGAGGAGGAGGAGGUCAUGAGGCUGGCACAGAGUGCGGCAGAGACGGGAGGAAGUCCAACUGGAACCCCGAGCGGACCCUCCCCGACACACGCCGUCAAUGGCUUAGUCCUGGCUAUUCCCAGCGAUGCACGGAGGCAGAGUGCCGCAGGAGAGUCAGCUGGGGGAGAAAACGGAGAGAGAACGGUGUGCUCGGACCCGAGGAGGGGAAGAGGAAGUAGUGUAGGAGGAAGAGGGGAAGGCCGGUCCGACUCAGACCGGGAUUCCCUUUCUUCCCCCUCCACCACCGGACGCUGGCGCACCAAACGUGCAGGCCGCCAGCCCCGAAAGCGCUUUGUGGGCAAGGACGGACGCUGCAACGUUACCUUUGUCAACAUGAGCGAGAGGGGCCAGCGGUACCUCAGUGACCUCUUCACCACCUGCGUGGACAUCCGUUGGCGUUGGAUGUUGGUCAUUUUCACUCUCUCCUUUCUUCUCUCCUGGUUGCUCUUCGGAUUUGCCUUCUGGCUCAUUGCCUCCGCGCACGGGGACCUCUCCGUUCGCCUCGUCCCGGUGGCCGACACCUCGGCGCCGGGAGGAGACGGCGACAGAGGCGCGGCGAUGGAGGAGCCGUGCUUCCUCCAAGUGAACAGCUUCAUGGCAGCUUUUCUCCUCUCCUUGGAGACGCAGACGUCCAUCGGUUACGGAUUCCGAAGCGUGACCGAACAAUGUCCCCUGGCGGUGGUGGCGGUCGUUUUGCAGUGCAUCGUGGGCUGCAUUAUUGACGCCUUCAUCAUCGGGGCCGUCAUGGCAAAGAUCUCCAAGCCCAAAAAACGCAACGAAACUCUAGUUUUCUCAGAAACAGCCGUGGUGGCCCUCAGGGACGGCAAACUCUGCAUGAUGUGGAGGGUUGGAAACCUGCGCAAGAGUCACCUGGUAGAGGCGCAUGUCCGAGCGCAGCUGUUAAAGUCAAGAGUGACACGAGAAGGAGAGUUCCUUCCGCUAGACAACUUGGAUAUCAACGUUGGAUUCGACACCGGCACGGACCGGAUUUUCUUGGUUUCGCCUGUCACUAUCGUCCACGAGAUCAAUGACGAGUCGCCGUUCUUCGAGAUGGACCGCAAGACUUUGGAAAGCGACACCGAAAUGGAAGUGGUGGUGAUACUGGAGGGCAUGGUGGAGGCUACCGCCAUGACCACGCAAUGCCGAAGCUCCUACCUGGCUUCGGAAAUCCAGUGGGGUUAUCGAUUUGAACCUGUGCUCUUUGAGAAGAAGGACGGCUAUGAGGUGGAUUAUUCAUUCUUCCACAGAACCUACGAAAUCCCAAACACACCGUUGUGUAGCGCUAAAGAGUUUACUGCGCUCAAGUACAUGAAGAGUUCACGCUCAUCUCUUUGCUAUGAGAACGAAGUGGCUCUGAAGCUCAUUUCUCCUGAUGAGGAACCGGACACAGAGAAUAGGAAACUAUCAGGCCACCUCCACUUCAACUGA